AGCUUACAUCUAUUUUAUCAAUUUACCUAAAUUUUUGUUGGCAAUAUAGGCCAGAAAGACAUCCAAUCAGUGAGUGAUUCUGGUUCUGUUAGAGAUUAUAAGCUAUGUCCAUAACGGCCGUCAGAAAUUGUAUUUAGAGUCACAAUCCAGUAUACCCUGGGGAUUUUCUUUAUUUCAACAAAAGGCAGCCUCACCUUGAACUCUGUAAAAGAAACACAUCAGCUGUUCCAUUGCAUACAUCACUACGCCAUACUUUUCCUCCGAAGAUUAGCCACAGCGUAGAGAAUUCAGGUUCAUCGCCGCUACCAUAUCUUGCGAUCUGGACCUGUGCAUUAGCGCACUAGCGAAAUAUCUGAUAAUCACUAUCAAGACUUCUCCACCACCAUGAUACAUUCAGUACUAAUAUUCAAUAACGAUGGAUUGCCCAGACUCAUGAAGUUCUACACACCAGUGGACAUCAACACACAGCGACUUCUCCUUCAACAAGUCCACCAGUUAAUAUCAGUCAGAACAGCCGAAGAGUGCUCCUUCAUAACACCCCCAUCGCUCCUCGAGGACCUUGAUGACAUCAAGGUCAUAUACAGACACUAUGCUACCUUAUACUUCGUCUUCAUUGUGGACGACCAAGAAUCCGAGCUUGGAAUCUUGGACUUGAUCCAGGUGUUUGUGGAAUGCUUGGACAAAUGCUUCAGUAACGUGUGUGAAUUGGACUUGGUGUUUGGAUGGCAAGUGCUUCAGACGGUGCUCGAAGAGAUCGUACAAGGUGGAAUGGUCAUUGAUACCAACAUAUCCAGAAUCGUUGCUGCCGUGGACGACGCCAACAGCCAGAAAAACUCGGGCGGAGCAAACAGUGCUGCUAGCAUAAGUGCAUCAUUUUUAUCGGCUAUAUCAAGAGAUAAAAGUUUCUGGGGCAGGACUUAAUAUAUACAAGUAGAGAAUGGAACGCAUGUGAUGUAUUGGUUAAUGUAGAGCCUGAAAUUCAACUUCGCGACUGCCACCGCCAGAAUAGGACUAAUGAUUCAUGAUUAAUUAGCAAACCUCUUGUCUAUCGAGAAGUAAACUUGUACCACACCAAACCUUCCAAAUAAAUGAACAAUUACCAACCUAUCCUCCACCAGCUAGACUUCUUCUUUGCCAAGUUUUCAGCUUCUAUCAAAUCUUGUUCUGCUUGUGCAAUUUCGAUCCUCUUUUGGUCGUUUCCACUUUCUCUACGGGUCUGCUCAUAGUCGAUAAGUUGUUGAUUCAAGUUACGCUGAUCUUUCUCGAAUGGGGAACCAAUAGGUCCGGUCUUCCAUAUUGGGUCAUUUGACUGGGAAGUUAUUUUCGCUAUUCUCAUCAAUUCGGCUUGUUCUUUC